GGCAUACACCUCGCCCCAACCCCACUCUUUAGGUCCGGUCAGACCCCACCCCAGAGCUUAACCUCGCCCGCAGCCCUGGGGAAGGAAACUAGACUUUUUCCUCCAAGGUUGGAUGAAGGAGUCAACCUUUCCGCCACUGCCCGGAGGUCCUCUGGCCCUGAGGGCCGGUGCCCCGACCACUUCCGCUCCCGGCGGCCCUGACACCGGAAGCAGAAGUGCGCAGCGGCGGCGGAUGGUGGCGGCUGUACUGGGCGCACGGCGCGCUGCGGUGGGAGUGUCUCCGGCCGGUCUGCAGGAAUCAGUCACCUUGGAGGGUGUGGCAGUGGGGCUCAUCCAGGAGUGGGUGUUGCUGGAUGACGCUCGGAGGAACCUGUGCAGAUACGUGCUGCUGGACAACUGCAGGACCCUGGCCCCCCGGGGGACUCCACCCUGCAAAGCCUGUCUGGUCUCCCAGGUGGGUCCAAGAGAAGAGCUGAGGACAGCAGAACGAGGCAUUCUCUGUGCCACGGGUGUGGACUGGGAAUCUCAACUUAAACCCAAAGAGUCUACUCCUCUGCAGGAUAUUUUGGAGGAAAAUUCAUCCCAUGAUUUGCAAAUGGGGCUGGGGCUGGACCUGAGGAUGCAGAUCAAGCCCAUGAUGGGAGAGAGGGGGACACCUCCGACUCCAGGGGACCGGUCAGCUCUCCAGGAGUCACCUUGGUCUUCUGAAGACACAGGGCUGAAGGUGGCUGUGCAGAUUCAGAGGGUGGCCACGCCGGAGCCUGCGCCGCGCCUCCUCAACCUGUUGGGGGCUGGGGGUUCUGCAGUGCCUGCUCAGGACCCCGCCUGGCUCCAGGAGGAGAGCACAGAGGAAGAAGCCGUGGCUCCUGGGACACUGAACAUUUGUCUGCAGGAACCAGUCACCUUUGCGGAUGUGGCCGUGCUGUUCACACCGGAAGAAUGGCUGUUUCUAGACUCUGCUCAGAGAAGCCUGUACAGAGACGUGAUGCUGGAGAACUAUAGGAACCUGGCCUCUGUGGGAGAUCAACUCUGCAAAGCCAGUACAUUUUCCCAUUUGGAGCAAAGAGAAGAGCUGUGCGUCACUGAGAGAGGGAUCUUCCCAGGAACCCACUUAGAACCUCAACUUCAACCCCAAGACUCAAUUCCUAACCAAGAUAUUUUUGCAGAGAUUCCAUCCAUUGGCACGAAAAGGGAGCAACCUCAGACUGGAGAAAAAUUCUAUAAAUGCAAUGUACUAGGGAAGCCUUUUAAAAGCAUCAAACCACUUUUUCAGUACCAGAGAAUUCCUGCAGGAGGGAACCCAUGUGAAUGCCGAGAGAGUGGAAAAUCCUUCUUCCAGACCGCUCACCUAAUCAUGCCUGAGAAAAUCCACAGCGGGGAUAAAACCUAUGCGUGUAACAAAUGUGAAAAAUCGUUCAGAUACAGCUCCGAUCUCAUCAGGCACGAGAAGACUCACACUGCGGAGAAGUGCUUCGAGUGUCAGGAGUGCAGGCAGGCCUUCAAGUAUUCCUCGAAUCUGCGGCGGCACAUGAGAACUCACACUGGAGAGAAACCCUUCGAGUGCAGUCAGUGUGGGAAAACCUUCACAAGGAACUUUAACCUGAUCUUGCACCAGAGAAACCACACAGGUGAGAAGCCCUACGAAUGUAAGGACUGUGGGAAAGCUUUCAACCAGCCAUCCUCUCUGAGGAGCCACGUGAGAACUCACACUGGAGAGAAGCCUUUUGAAUGCGGCCAGUGCGGGAAAGCCUUCAGGGAACACUCAUCACUGAAGACACACCUGCGGACCCACACCAGAGAGAAACCGUACGAAUGUAACCAGUGUGGGAAGCCCUUCCGGACGAGCACUCACCUGAAUGUACAUAAGAGGAUCCACACAGGGGAGAAGCUUUAUGAGUGCGCCACCUGCGGACAGGUCUUGAGUCGUCUCUCAACCCUUAAGAGUCACAUGCGGACCCACACGGGAGAGAAGCCCUACGCGUGUCAGGAGUGUGGGCGAGCCUUCAGUGAGCCCUCAUCCCUCAGGAAACACUCGAGGACCCACACCGGCAAGAAGCCCUAUGCGUGUCAGGAGUGUGGGCGAGCCUUUGGCCAGUCUUCACACCUUAUCGUACAUGUGAGAACCCACACUGCAGGGAGACCGUACGAAUGUAAUCAGUGUGAGAAAGCCUUCAGGCACAGCUCUUCACUUACCGUGCAUAAAAGGACUCACGCCGGGAGAGAAAACGUCAGGACUGGUGGCCUGCCUUUAUCAGUGUCUCUUGCGUACGGUGGGCCCCAUGCUGAUUAACUUCCAAUUUGUAAAAACAUAAACAUCCAAGGCUGUGAUCAUC